ACAUGAUGCUAAGAAUGUAGGCCUGUGGGGUACUUAAACCUGAGCAGUUGUUCUCACAGGAAAGUUGGCCACCUGUGGGGACAAUGUUCCCAACCGUACAGAUCUGAUCGGCAAGGCCAAGAGGCUCAGUGGUUUAGACCACAGUGCCACCCGCAUCCCAAAUCAAAUCCCCGUGAUGGGGUGAGCUCCUGUUGCUCUGUCCCAGCUCCUGCCAACCUAGCAGUUCGAAAGUACGCCAGUGCAAGUAGAUGAAUAGGUACCGCUGUGGCAGGAAGGUAAACGGCGUUUCCGUGCACUCAGAUUUCUGCCACAGUGUUCCAUUGCACCGGAAGUGGUUUAGUCAUGCUGGCCACAUGACCCGGAAAGCUAUCUGUGGACAAAUGCCAGCCCCCUUGGCCUGAAAGCGAGAUGAGCACUGCAACCCCAUGGUUGCCUUUGACUGGACUUAACCACCCAGGGGUCCUUUACUUUUUUAAAAUUAAACAGAUAAUAUACUUGAGGACAAGAUGCUGAAUGAAAUUGUGCUGGUGACGCAAUGCAAAAUGUUGAAAUUGUUAUUCAGUCUUCCUGAGAGAGAGCUAAGCGUAUCUCAUCAAAAAUAGUCUGAUUUAUUUAUUUAUUUUUAAAAAAUACAUUUUUCUGUUUCUGGGAAAUAUCUGACCAGUAUUUAGACCAAUUUAAGAGGGCAGAGGGAAGAAUUGCUUCAAAGUGUCGGGUUUCCAUUCCAUGUGGUCUCCCCUCUUCAUGUCAGUUCUCUGAGGUGCCUAUAGCCUACCUCCCCUUGCAAGAGCUUUCAAGAGUGGUCUUUUUAAUGUUUGACUUGGACCUGGUUGUGCAAUGACAUCAUAACCAGAGUGCUGAGCUCCCCCCUCCCUUGUAGUUUGAACUGUGAUGUCACAUAGCAAAUUCAGACCCCAUGAAAUACUGUAAACUGACAGGAACUCAAUAGGGGUUGCUGUUUUGGACCAAGAAAAGAACAAAGUAAAACCUUUAGCCACUGGAGCUAGCUGAGGGAUCUGUUUGUAGGUAGAGCAGUUUCUAUUAGCACCUACGGAUUGCUAAUUUUUGCCAGAUGGUACUUAAUGUUACAGGGUGCCACAACUGACUUUGUAUCACAGCUGAAUGGGUGAGUGUGGGAAAUGAGUUUCACUGAUAAAAAUGCAUCUGUUUGUAGAAUUAUAGGAUCACAAAGGUAGGGACAAAAGGAACAGAAAUAAUCUAGCCAAGACUCCUGUACCGAGUGUGCUCUUUCCACAUAGUUUUAACCCAGAUUAUCCCAUAUCUUCUGGGGGUUUUUUUGUGCUACAACACAAAAUCCAAAAGUUGUGUCCACUGUUCCUGCAGGAUUCACUAUGCCAGUCUUGCCUCCUUGCAACCAGCUUCUUAGACUCCCCUGAGUGUGACUGAAUGAUGCAGUCUCACCCAUUGAAGAGUGGUAACAGGUUUAACCAUCUGCAAAGAACGCUACCUAUUGCAUCUCCACAUGAGGAAGCCAUUGUCUUUUAACUGAGAUUACAACCAUCAAUGAAUUGGUUGCAUUAACUAAGUAAAGAAAAGUUUGAGCAACUAAAACCUUGCCCACAGUCAAUUAGGCAAGACAUUUAAGCAUUUUGUUUACUUUUAGUGCACUCUGCAAUAUUGUUGUUGUUGUUGUUCAGUCGUUUAGUCGUGUCCGACUCUUCAUGACCCCAUGGACCAUAGCACGCCAGGCACUCCUGUCUUGCACUGCCACCCGCAGUUUGGUCAAACUCAUGUUCGUAGCUUCGAGAACAAUAUAUUUGAGAACUCUGCAAUAUAUUCAAAUAUAAUCUAAUCAAGUGCACACACUUUUUUCUUCUAAAAUGUUAUUUUCUUAGCCCUAUGCAAAUGUCUAUGUUUAACCAGUCAAUUAAAAACCAUUUGUUUCAACUACUGUGGUUUUGUUUUUUUAAAAUAAAAAAAACAGGUGGCAGCCCAACUUUUCCUAAGGGUUUUGUGCAACUACAAGCAGUGGCUGAGUCUCGGCCAAAAAAGAAAGUGUUAUUAUGAAGAAAGCUAGCUUGGUUCUUCUCGAGGACAACAUUGUGUGUCCGAUAUGCCUCGAGGUGUUCAGAGACCCCGUCACCACAGCCUGCGGGCACAACUUCUGCAUGGACUGUUUGCAGGAUUACUGGGACCACCAAGCCCUGGUCGGGGAUUGCCCCUACUGCCCUCAGUGUCGUGAGCCUUUCCGUUCGAGGCCUCAGCUGCGCAAGAACAUAACCCUGGGAGAAAUCGCCAUAAGGUUCGCACGGGAAGAGGCCCAAGGGUCAAGGAAGAUGGUAGGUCAGAGGGAUGUUCUGUGUGACUUCUGCUGCCCCAGGAAGAUGAAGGCUGUCAAGUCCUGCCUGCAAUGCAUGGCUGCCUUGUGCGAAAACCACAUCCGUUCCCACUAUGAAGACAAGGCCUUCAAGAACCAUCAGCUGAUAAAGCCUCUCAAUGACCUGAAGGCUAAUAUGUGCUUGAAACAUCACAGACUGCUGGAGCUGUUCUGCAGAAUCGAAGGGAAAUUCAUCUGCCACAUCUGUGUUCGGGAAGAGCACAAGAAUCAUGAUGCCAUCUCUCUGAAGGAUGACAGGGCCAAGAAAGAAGUCGAACUCAAGAGAGUACAGGCCAACGUGGCAAACCAAGUUUUGAUGUUGGCAGCAGACAGUCAGCAACACAGGGGCAGAAUGAACUACCUUGCGAAAGUAGUGAAGACGGCCCGAGAUGAAGUGAAUAGGGCCUUUGCCGAGGCGAUGAAAGAGCUCAAGCGACUGCAGAACAAGGUGAUGGACUUUAUAGAUGAAGAAGAAAGAUCGGCCUUAGUUGGAAUGGGGAAUUCCAUUCACCACAGUCAAGAGCAGCUGAUUGAUCUCCAGAAGCAGAAUUGCUGGCUGACAGCUCUCAUGGAAGACCCAAGUGACCAUCAGUUUCUGCAGGACUUCCCAAAAAUAAGAGUAAUGUCGGGUUGCACAGAAGCUUUGAUUGGACUGAAGUGUGAGGAGCCCACCAGUUUCGUAGCACUUAAACAGACACUGAGUGACUUGAAAUCCCAGGUAUCCAUGUUCGGACUCUGCUUCAUCAACAAAGUCCUUCAAAAAGGGAUCACAAUGGUGCCUUAUGAAGUGAUACCAGCUCCCACGGAUCGGAAGAGUCUCAGAAAGUAUUACUGUCUGCUGAAUUUUGAUGCUAGCACUGCCAACGAAGAACUCUUCCUGUUUAAGGAGACCCACUCGGUGCUGAAUAUGGGAAUCUUGUUGGAGAACUACUCAAAACCCAGCCAAGGAUUCAACCACUGGCCACAGCUUUUGUGCACCCGCAGCCUCUGUGAGGGCUGCCAUUACUGGGAGGCGGAGAUUUCAAACGCAUGGCUGUGUUUGGGAGUCACCUACAGUUACAAGCAUAGAACUGAGAAAGCUUGCAUGUUGUACCUGCUUGGCAGGAACAGCAAUUCAUGGUGCUUGGAGUGGGACUCACUGAAGUACUCUGUCUGGCACAACAAUAUUCAGACCGUGGUGCACGGCAGCUACUAUAAGACAAUUGGAGUCUUACUAAACUAUGCUGCUGGCUCCCUGACUUUCUAUGGCAUCACCAACACCAUGAACCUUAUCUACCGUUUCCUCACCAUAUUCACCGAACCUCUUUACCCAGCUGCUAUGGUAAGCAGUGGGGCCUCUAUUACUUUGAAACAGCACCCAGACUAGAGAGGCCACCGAAAAUAUCCCUCUUUAAAGGCCAAGGAGGGCUUUGCUAUAGCUGAUAAAAUAAACUUCUAUCUCAUUACCGCUAAGGUGGGAUUCGUUUUUCUUUUUUCAGUCACGUGGCUAUAAACAUAAAGCAAAUGUUACAGGUAGGUAGCCGUGUUGGUCUGAGUCGAAGCAAAAUUUUAAAAAUUCCUUCAGUAGCACCUUAAAGACCAACUAAGUUUUUAUUUUGG